CGGCAACGGCGGCGGCGGCGGCGGCGGCGGCCCGGGAGCGGCCAGCGGGGCCGGGGCCGUGCCGGGACCGCGCCGGAGCCGUGCCGGGACCGCGCCGGAGCCGUGCCCUGCCGGAGCCGCUCAGGAGCCGCGCCGGGGCCGUGCCGUGCCCUGCCGUGCCGGGGCCGCGCCGUGCCCUGCCGGGACCGUCCCGGGGCCGUGCCCGGAGCCGUGCCGUUCCGUGCCGCGCCGUGCCGUGCCAGGGCCAUGUCGUCCCGGACGCUGCCGCUGCUGUUCCUGAACCUGGGCGGGGAGAUGCUCUACAUCCUGGACCAGCGGCUGCGCGCCCAGAGCAUCCCCGGGGACAAGGCGCGCAAAGUUAUGAACGACAUCAUCAGCACCAUGUUCAACCAAAAAUUCAUGGAGGAGCUGUUCAAACCUCAGGAUCUGUACUCCAAGAAAGCUCUGCGCACCGUGUACGACCGGCUGGCUCACGCCUCCAUCAUGAGACUGAACCAGGCCAGCAUGGACAAGCUCUACGACCUCAUGACAAUGGCCUUCAAAUACCAAGUGCUGCUGUGCCCUCGGCCCAGGGACAUCCUGCUGGUCACCUUCAACCACCUGGAUACCAUCAAGGAUUUCAUCUCCGACUCCCCUGGCAUCCUGAACCUGGUGGAUGAGACCUUCCGGCGCCUGAUUGAAACCUACAACUGUCUCUCUGAUGGUGAAUUCCAGCUCAUCAGGCAAACACUUCUCAUUUUCUUCCAGGACAUGCACAUCAGGGUCUCCAUCUUCCUGAAGGAUAAAGUGCAAAACUCCAAUGGUCGCUUCGUGCUGCCAAUCUCGGGGCCUGUCCCGUGGGGCACAGAGGUGCCAGGACUCAUCAGGAUAUUCAACCACAAAGGAGUUGAAGUUAAAAGGGCUGAGUUCACCACUGCUGGGAAUUACGUUACUCCACAAAGGGAAGGAUCUUUUGAGCUUUAUGGAGACAGAGUCCUCAAACUUGGAACAAAUAUGUACAGUGUGACCCGGCCAGUGGAGACACACAUGUCAGGAUCAUCAAAAAAACUGGCAUCCCAGGCAAAGGAGAACAUAGCCCCCAACCCUCUUGCUAAAGAAGAGCUGAACUUUCUGGCGCGGCUGCUGGGAGGUUUGGACAUCCAGAAACCCGCUGGGGGCGAGACAGGAUUUCGGCUGAACCUGUUCACAACCGACGAGGAGGAAGAGCAUGCUGCACAGACCAGACCAGAGGAGUUAUCCUACAAGGUUAUCAACAUUGAAGCCACACAGGAGCCGGCGCAGCGGGCGGAGCUGUCCCGCAUCCUGGGCGAGCUGGAGGUGGCGGAGCCACGCCCGGGCAGCGCCGGGAAGGGCGAGGAUCUGCUGGCACUGAUGGACGAGCUGUGAGCGGGACACACGGACAGCGGGACACACGGACAGCAAGACAUGGGUGUUGUUACAAUUUUCAGAUGGCACGGAAAUAACAACAUGACUCUCCAUGAUGGUAAUGAGAGCAAACUUGAUUCUUCUAAAUUCUACUUUUAUAGAGUAGCUCGGUACAAAGAACAUGGUUGGUUAUUCAGCAUCUACACCCUUUUGUAAACAUUUCUUUUGCCAGUAAACGUGUUGGAAAAACACCA